UUGAUUAUUUUAUGUCUAAUCUUGAUGACCAAAAACAGGGGGCUCUUGGUGAGCCCUCGGGUGUAGAGUUUUCAGUUACUCCUGAUGAGCUAUCCAUCUUGAAUGAUUCAGCAUCUGAGAAAGCAGGAAAGGAGGAAUCAGAUCAAAAAGAUGAUGCUGGUGAUGCUUCUGAACUGCCUUCUCAGUCUUCUGCUCCAGGAACUGAAAUUAAAGCAACUAAAAAGACUUUUGUUCCUGUGGUAUUUGACUUGCCAAACUCACCUGUCAUUGAUUCUAGUACUAUCAAUGACAGCGAUGCAGAGUGUUCAUUGAUGCCACCAGGAGAGGAGGUUGAACCUCCUAAGACCUCUGUAGAAUUUUACAGAGGAACUGGAGUUGUGCUAGGACGUUGCAUGGAUGGCAAACCUCAGAGUAACAGCAUGUCAGCUACUUCAUUCUUAGACAAGCUAAAUGCUUUAGAAGCAGCAGUGUCAGCUGCUGCAUCUGCACAGCCUUACACUAUUAGGCAGAACUACAAUACUCCAUCUUCCAAUGCUUUCCCAAUGCAGCCCCAACCACGUCCACGAAUGCCUUAUCGCCCGUUUUUACCAAACAAGAUGGCUCCUCAGUUUUACUCCAGUUUCCCUCCGGGAUUGCCUCCUGUGCAUCCACAUGCCAUGCCCCUUAUGGGUCUUUCAACUCCUGUUGGUGCUCCAUUAAUGACCCCUUACAUGCAGCCAUCAUAUCCUUUUCCAGUUCCUGAGAAUGCUUUUCUACCAAUGGCCAUUCCACCACUUAUUCCUGAUUCAAUGUAUUCUUCAUUCACAUUUUCCCAAAGUCCUCUUAAUCAUUCCCAAAUGCCUGCUGCUGGCUUGAAUCAAAUGGCUGCUUCUGUCAAUGCUCCAUCAUUGCCUUUGCAAUCAGCCACAAACAACCUACAGCCUUCAACAUCUCAGGAGUCUGAGCCAGAUUCUGGUGCUAUCUCAAUCCCUUCUCAAGUUUCAAGUACUCAUGUGACUUCUCCUGCCAAACCUAUAAUAAAUUUUGUCACCAAACCUAAGAACUUCAGUAAUCCAGUUUUGCCAGAAUCAACUUGUGCUGCCAGCAUACAACCUGGAGUUGCAGCAGGGUCAAACACGUGCCAAACUUCCGAGACUCAAAAUCUUAAAGUCAAAAUUGAGGACAUUUUCCGCUAUAUGCAUGCUAUGGAGAUGAGGAAGAUCCUCGAAGUCUGUGGCAAUGUUAAAAACUUCAAAUUUGUUCCCUCUUCUAGUGAGACUUAUUGUUCAUGCGAGGCCCAAAUGCAGUACUGCUAUCAAGCUACCAGGGCAGCCAGACUCUUGUCAGCUCUGACGGUAGGAGGUGUUAGAAUGAAGACCUCCACCAACAUAUCUGUUCUUGAUAAACUCUCAGAUGCUGCUAAAAGUCUUGAUCUGGAUUGCAUGGUGACCAUCGGUGGUAUUCUGACUGCCAAUAGCCGUUGCUUCAAAUGGGAUUACAAUCCAGACAAUCAAACUACAGCAAGUAGCACCAGUCCCGCAGUAUUGGUAGCCGUGCCCUCAAAGAGUGAAGUCACAUCAAUUAAACCUCGCAAAAACUUGAUCACGAUACGACUUGCUUCAUCAACAUUACCAUCUUUGAUCCCUAACAAAUCUGGUAACCAAAAUACUAACACCGAGUCUGACAAAACCCACAUGACGAGUUCUUCAUCUCCCUUUGAAGUUUCUCAGGCUCACUAUGCUCAUCCUCCCGUGAUGUAUAAAAAAAAUAAUGCCUCAGUACCGCCUACCGUAAGCACCAAUGUAUCAAGUUCCGCCUCAAAUCCUACUAUCUCGCCUGCAAAGCCACCAAAACGCGAUAUUGUCAGUGCUGUGCAGACCAUCAACAAGAAGAUUAACGAUAGGAAGACGCGCAUAAACUUGGAGCUAGAAAAGGUCCUGAGUAGUGUCGAUCUGCCGGUUGCCAAGAAUGCCUCAGUUAGCAGUUCCAGUGCCGAACAAGGACAUGUGAUGACGGUGAAGUGGAGCCAUAGUUCUCAUGCUGGCGCCACGUUAACACACAUAGCGAAACUACUCCAGGCGCACGUUGUCUUGGAUAAAACAAAUUCUAAGGACUCUGACGAGGCCUUUGGCUGCAAACUCUUCAUUGGAGACCUCAUAACAGCUGAGGCGUGCACUGAGCAUCUCAAUAACCGCCGUUUGGCUGACACAUUAAUAACUGCCACGCUUAAUAAGAAGGAAGAUGACGUCUCCAUUAUAGAAGAGUGUGAGGACCGGACUGCUGUGCUGAAAAAGCUCGAUGCUGCGCUGCUGAGGCACAACCAGGAAGUCGUACAGACACUGAGCAGACGCGCCUACCUCGCCCUGGACGUGUUUUCUUUCAAGAUCGAGGAAUGUCAGACCAAAUGCAACCACCCGCAGUGUCACGACUAUCACUCAGAGAACGACAGGCGUAGAGAUCCUCGUCUCAUUGAGUACAAAUCGCGGUAUUGCCCCAACAAGAACGCUUGCUCCGUGGGCGAUAAGUGUCCGCUGGUGCACACCUGGACCGAGAUGAUCGCUCACCCGCGCGUCUUCCGUGCCUCCCUCUGCCUCUCGCACUGUUCCUCCUCCAGACGCGUCUGCUCUUAUACUCACUGCGAUACUCCUGAGAUGUUUUACCACGCGAGCUGGCGCGACUUGCUAGUCACGGGACUCGUUCAUUCCUACACUUUCUUCACUGGCGCCGUCAGGAAUCUUUUCAGGCGUCAGGAAGCUGCAAAAGCGCUGGCUGUGGUGUUCGUGUCGCCACACCACCACGUGGCUGAGGCGGCCGUCGCUGUGGCGUCCAGCGUGGCGUCGCGCCAAAGACUCAAACUCGCCACCGUGUGCUCGGGCGACGAAGACAUCAACGGCUGCGUGGGCGUGGCGGGCACCGUGCAAGGCGUCCUGGGCGCCGUGCAGAGGCACGCGCCGCUGUCGCCCAUCCAGGCCUUCAUCGUGGACGAUUUCUCGACCAUCGAGCAGGACGAUGACCUGCUGGACGCCCUCGCCAGCCUCGUUUCUGCUCUCGCCGAGCCCUGCAAUGCCUUAUUCAAGAGAGUGAACAAAGUGGCGGUGUCUCAGCAGCCUUCCGACGACGACCUCAAGAGCGUCUCUGCGUUGUUCGGGACCGAGGUGACGCUGGUGCCCUCGGUGCCUGAUGUUGAACAAAUCAGUGUUGCACCAGGAAAAAGUAUAAAACAAUGUACUUCUGAAUCAAAAUUCACGAAGUCAAACGAGGUUGCAAACCUUGUACAUUCAAAGCCAAACAUCGCACUGGACGCCAAAGCCGUGCAAGAUAUCACUGUGUACAGUCAUCGAGAAGGGAUCAAAGAGUCGUCUAGUCAACCAUCAAGAGAGCCUUCUGGUAAACGCAGAGCAGAAGAAACAGACGAUGCAUCAUCUACUGCUGGCAGUAUUCAACUAAGUCUUGAGACACUACCGAAGAGAUUGAGAAAAUCCGUGCCUAUCACAACAAAAAGUGAACCCGUUGGACUUUCACCGAAACUGUUCCUCGUGGAAGAGCGUCAGCUGAAGCUAGAAGUUGACGAUGAAUAUAAAGUAUUCCAUGACAUGCCCGAGAUGCACCCCGACUACGAAGAAAUUCUCGAGACGUUCUCUGCAAAGUACGGCAGGCUGCCUGAGGGCACUGAAGACGAUUUGUGGGUCCGCUUUUGGGCAGAAAAAAUGGAUCUUCUCCAAGAAGAAGACCUUCGCAAACGGCGUGGGGAGCUCGUCGAAAAAUUCAAACAUGCUUCACUCGAGCAGAAACGUUCUAAACUGGUAUCGGAAAACCGCCAGUAUUUGCUCGCAGAUGUUGACCGCAGUUAUGUAUCAAUGAAAGAAUUUUGCGUGCGGGACGCAUUGGAUGCUCUGGACAGCGUCACAGAUGAGCUUGGUGUGCUGGGGCCGCCGCUGCGACGGCUGCUGCGCUGCGCCCGCGAUGCUGGAAGUUCCAGCCACAAAGCAAUGCAGUUUUUCACGAGCCGCGACAACGCUGCGCUUCUCAGAAUGUGUAUAGGCAAGCUUCAAAAAAUGGGCGUUCUGGCGCCUAAAAGCAAAGAAAUCUUGCUCAACCGAACUGCCGCACUUGCUGAAAAGCUGCUUCAAUACUCCGAAGAUUGUGAUAGAAAAUACGAGAUUUCUCGGAAGAAACUAUUUGAUCUUGACGUUCCCAGUUUAGCAAAAGAGACAGUUGGUCUUCCACCUGCUAAAAUAGUGCAGUUAAUUCGGAAGGCUCUGGGGUGUGAAAACGAAGAUUUCUUGACGAAAGAAGAGCUACAAGAAGUUUAUAUGAGCAUAUCUUCAAUCCACCUGAAAAUUGCGCUUGGAGACGACGCUGAAGAGAAUGAACUAGCGGAGAAAUCAUUAGAAAAAGAACGGAACUCACGAAAAGCCUCUAGUAAGAAAUUGGACAACCCUGAUGAUGGUUGCCUUCAAUCUUGUACUCGGCCUUUAACGUCAAAAAUAGCUUCGAACACCAACCGAUACACUAUCCGCAGCCCCGAAUUCACUAAAAAACGCUCGAGAUCACGAUCCGUUGAUGAGGAUACUGCGGAAUGUAAUAGUUCGAAUGCUGGAAAAUCGCUUGAGUUCCGACGAACGAUGGACGGAAUGCGAGAAGCGCCUGUGGAAAUUGACGAUGCAGCAAGUAAUCCUGGUCCCCGCCGAGUGGUGGAUCUUUAUUCGAAAUUAAGGAAGAACCAACUCGAGAUUGAAAUUAAAUCUGUAGGACUCAACCCAACUAUUCCUAACCAUCUAAACAAAUUCGGUGACAAACCAUUGGCUGAAAAUAACUUGAAUUCAAAAAUUCUACAAACAAUAGAUUCAAACAAUAGAAAAAGACUGUCCCUCGACGGUGAUGAUGAUGAUGAAUACAUGUCUUCACGAAGCACUGCUGGAGGGAAUUCUCAACCAUCAUCUGUUGGUUACAUCGAACAAAGUUCACCAUCUCAGCGAAGCGAUUUGCCUCGUUCCUGUAUGACGCUAAAUCGAACCGUCAUCGACGGGAAAAAUUUAUUAAGCUCAUCUGCAAUAGCAAAAGAAAGUCCACGUUUGUCUGAAACUAUUAUUGACUUGUGCAACAAGGUGGCAUUGCAUUUUGCUGAGAAACAAAAGAACCUGGAAAACGAAUCACGUCGUCAGCCAUACCCAGAGUCCAGACUUCACGCUGGUGUGGCGCCAACGUCAUCAAGUCUGCAAAAUAAUUAUUAUCCAUCGCUAUCGAGUAACGCUAGCCAAUAUGACAGACAAGAAUACCGCUCAUAUAAUGAAGACGUCAAUGUUGCAAAUGAAGAACAUUAUAGUACGAAAAACAGAGAGGUCAAGGACGUACUGACCUAUCAAAAACCUUCUACUUCCCGUGACAGUUUUUCUUAUAAGAAUAAUGAAAGCUCUUCUGGCAUGAAUAUCAACACCGUGGUGAAAUCAUAUAAUGUCAGGGAGAUGGAUGCACAUCAUCCUGGUGAUAAGAAUGAAUUGCAGCCGAGGCUGCAGAACUAUUCGACAAGUGACCAUUCAAGAAGUACUAACGAUGACACAGGAUGCCCAAUAGCGAUUGGAGCGAACAAUCCUGCUCUUCAGUACAAGCCUAGCCAUGAAUUGAAAUUGCAUGCUGACUCGAUGGUUGACUGCACUGCUUCAACCGAAAUAGCAGAAUCUGUUAUUCCAUCUCCAGAGGUUUUGAAUCACCGAUCUAGAAACAAUCCACCGCAGAAACGAACUCCUUCGCCUCCCUUAAUUCCUUCUGAGAAAAAAGAGCAAGAUUCCUGGUUUGUGUCAGAGGUUAGAAAAUGUGUUCAAAAACCUAAUCUGACCGUUGAUGAAUUUAAUGUUAGUCUCAGCAAUAUAUUCUCUAACAAGCCUCACGGCUACGUUUUGCAGCGUCAAGACCGAACGUUAGCCGAGGGGCUACAGCAACUCACGACGCUGCAUUUGACGCAGAGUGUGUUUAUAUGUGCGCUCAAGAAGCUCCUCGAUGAACUGUGAAAGAAGAGAAUUAUUCGUUCUUCACAAAGUUGUAAGUUUUCUUUAUGCCCAUAGCUGGCUUGUCUGCAUUCAUUUUGAAAGGUUCCUCUUGAUCUGUUUGAGUUAAAAUGAAAUUGUUAUUGUUUGCUAUUGAGAUAUUAUUCGGUGAACAUGUGAAACUUGAUUUUGCUGCAUUUAUUUUGUACCCUGAUUUAUUACGUCUUUAUCGACGUUCAAACUCUAUUCAGAAGAUGAAGUGACUAAAAACAUAUGUAAUGUAAUAGGAACUAAAAUCAAUAAAAAUGUGUGAAUGGAAACAUUUAUGUGAUAUUCAUAGCUUGAGCGAUUGUCCAGCAAGUGUCACUUUAUGCUUGAACGCACCUUCAACAAUAACUUUACGCAUGGUUCGUGAGCGUUACACAAGUGUUCUUAUUAAAGUGAUACAUUAGGAAGGAAUAGCUAUCACCAUCCUCCUAGUACAUUAGGAAGGAAAAUAGCUAACUCUGCUCUAAACAUUUGUCACGGAUAAAUUUGCACGUGAAAUGGCUAAGACCUUCUCAAAGAAUGACGGCCGUUAUGUUUGUACGUGGUUGGCGCACGCUUGACUUGAACGCCUACUUGGCUGACGAAUUUUGGGUUUCCUGCGAUUGUAUCUCUCCUCCCUAUUUAUAACCCAAACCUUUACACAGAACUAAUUAUAAUACCAUUGGAAUCAGUAAGGUAACAAACUUGAGGUAAGCAAUUUUUUUUAAACGUUGGACCUUGUUGAUUACAUGUGUUGCGAGUUGUCAAGUGCAGGUUGACUUGCAGUGUAUUUUUGGAUCACUACGAAAUUAUUUAUUUUUGUGCCUGUUUAUAAAAGUUAUUACUUUACAAAGUUUUCCUCAACAUUAUGCUGUUUAGUGUAGCUAAAUUCUUCAUUUUCGGAAAACAUUUGGUAGUAUGAUACAUUUUCCCACCAGUUGUUAUUCAACUCAAAUUUGAGACGCGCGAACUUCUGGAUUGUGACCAUCAUGGUGAAAAGAGGAGACGAUGCAGAAAGCGCUCAUUGAUCCUUUAUCAGGAGAAGGUAUCCUUUCGUGGCGGGACUGAAGUCCCGGUGGAGUUCUUCCUGGAGCACCUCCAUGGGACUUAAAGCGCUCCUUGAGCGUCUACCACUGCAUCAUCCCUGAGCGUCCGUCGUUGCAUCAUUCUUAAUCGACCGCCUCUGAAUCACCUCUAAGCGUUCGUCGUUGCUUCAUCACUGAUCGUCCGCUUCGGUACCAUCCCUGAUCAUCUGCCGGAGCACCAUUCAGAUCGUCCGCCCCCUGCAACAUCAGUGAUCGUCCGUCUCUGCCACACUACUAUCCAUGAAAGCAAGCCUGGCGCAGCAGUUUGACCAACAGAGCAGAUGAGAGGCAGUAGUCACUGUGAUAGAAAUCUUCCUACCUCCCACAGGACCGCGGUGGCGAGCAGGACCUACCUGCGUCUUGAGGACAGCGUGCGACGAAGGCUGCACACCAGCGCCAUCCUCGACGGAUUCCGCUGUGUAUUUUUAAAUUCCGUAAAUCUUGUUUGCUGUCAAUUUGUUGGCUAACCUAACGAAAUGUCAUUAAUGAAGUUAAUUUAGUCUAAGUCUAAGAAAUUAUCAAUUCAUAUAAUUAUUUUUCAAUUGGUGACAAGUGACUGUAGAUAUUAACUUGCUAGUCCUGUCUCGAUCACAGUGUAAGCUUGAAUGUAAAUAAGUGUCGAUAGAUUUCCUAGAGAGUUAAGUGAUAUCAUACUCGUUAUUUACUAGUGUUCGCUGCCAAAUUUAUAUUUUUUCAAGAAUGUGAUUGAUUUCACUUGGAAGAUUAUUAUAUACAAAAAAUGGCUUGAUCACA